AUGGCGAGUUUGAUCGAAACGGGCAAAGCGAGCAAAUUGAGAAACUCUUAUUCGACUCACAGAUGCACUCCUUCGCGCGCUCAGCUGCUCACUGGUAGGUAUGCUUUCCGAUACGGCCUCGGAACGGACCCUCUUUCUUCCGAAGUUCCAGCUGGACUCAGCCUCGAGGAAAAGCUCCUGCCACAAUACCUCAAGGAGCUCGAAUACAGCACUCACGCAGUGGGGAAAUGGCACCUUGGAUACUGCAAUGACUCAUUUCUCCCGCAAAACCGAGGAUUUGACACUUUUCUAGGGCAUUACGGGGGUGCAGUCGACUAUCAUAGCCAUGUUGCUUCUGGCGAUUUUAAAAACUAUCUCAACCAUUUUCUUGACGGAAAACCGCACAUUCCUGAGAGUGGCUUCGAGUUCGCCUCGUAUACUUGGAGCAACAGAACGAUCAAAAUUUUGAGAGAAAAUGCAGAUGAGCCAAAUUUCGUGUACCUCGCUUUCAAUGCUCCGCAUGAAAAAGUCGAUGCUCCACAAAUUCUGAAGGAUGAAAUGGACGCUCUUUAUCCUGAUUUACCAAGUACCCGACGAAUGCAACUCGCCGCUGUUAAAUCAAUUGACAUCGCCAUGGAAAGUGUCAUCAAAGAAGCAUCAAAACUCGACCGAGAAACCAUCGUCAUUUUUCAUAGUGACAACGGCGGCGCUCUCCAGGCCUAUGGCAGUCUUGAAAAAGGUCCACGAGGAUGCAGCUUUCCCUUCAAAGGAUAUAAAAGCACCCUGGCGGAAGGAGGAACUCUGAGUCCGAGUUGGAUCUAUUCAACUAAAAGGCAAUUUCAUUCGAGAAAUAUCGACGGAAUCAUUAGCAUCAUGGACUUUUUUCCGACGAUUCUUCAUUGGGCAGGUUACAAUAAACCGCUGCCGAGAAAUCUCGACGGAAUCGACCAACACGCGCUUUUCGAGAACUCGACUGUUUCUCAAAUCAGAGAUAAAUUUAUUUACGCGAUUUUGCACGAAUGGGACGAUGAUUCUCUUGCCUGGAAAACAACUUACGCCGUGCGUUUUGGAGAUUUCAAGUUUAUGAACUAUCGAUCAAAGCUCAUCGGAAAUACUCAAUGUCCCGAAGGAUGGUCAAACCACGAGCACACGAAGUUUCUUUUCCCGGAUCCGAGUCAAAGACAAACGAAAAUGAGAAAAGUUUGGGACUUGUCUGAUCCUCAGCCGAACAAAGAAGUUGGCGAGAUGAUUCGAAGUUCUGGAUUUUCACUCUAUAAUCUGAAAAACGACCCCUUUGAGCUCAACAAUUUGGCGUUGAAGAAUGAAGCUUCAAGAAAAUACAAGGAUUUGAUCAACGAAAUUCAAUCAUAUGUAGCGGAGGAAAUGCAGAAGGGAAUCGAGUAUCCGCUCACGGGAAAACUGAAAGGAGGCAAAUUACUCGCUAAAAUUAUGAGAAAAAUCCCAUUUGAAGAGAAAAUGCAGCACUACUACGACACUGGACGAAUUUAUCCUUUUGAUAGUGUUGUUCGAAACAAAACAGGUUUGGACGGAUAUCUGGGAAGUAACUGGUGUCCAAACAAGCUCGACGAAGCUUUAUUCAGCAAAAUGUACUUUGAAGCCGUCGAAAAUAACCAAAAGAAAAACGCCUUUUUGAUCAAUAAAUAUCUCUGGGAUGGCCUUGGUCCAGAUCGAAGCGGAAACUUGGACGAAGAAGAUUUCUGA